CACAUAUAAAACUAGAUGGCAGAUGUGAACGGUGUUCAGUAUUUAUUUAAACGCAAAGAGUCCACAUCGCCUAGCGGAAGAUUUUAUUUGAUCACCUACCAAACAAACAAAAGAAAAAGCAAUCAUGAGCUCCGCUGAGUACUAUCCAUUCAAGUGCACACCCACCGUCUACCCCGCGGAUCCCUUUGACCCCGUCGAGGAUGCCGCCAUUCUGCGCAAGGCCAUGAAGGGUUUUGGCACCGAUGAGAAGACCAUCAUUGAAAUCUUGGCCCGUCGCGGCAUUGUUCAGCGUCUGGAGAUUGCCGAGGCCUUCAAGACCUCCUAUGGAAAGGACUUGAUUUCGGACCUGAAAUCUGAGCUGGGUGGCAAGUUCGAGGAUGUUAUUGUGGCGUUGAUGACGCCGCUGCCUCAGUUCUAUGCCCAAGAGCUGCACGAUGCCAUCGCUGGCUUAGGCACCGAUGAGGAGGCCAUCAUUGAAAUUCUGUGCACCCUGUCGAACUAUGGCAUCAAGACCAUCGCACAGUUCUACGAACAGGGCUUUGGCAAGUCCCUAGAGUCCGAUCUGAAGGGCGAUACUAGCGGUCACUUCAAGCGUCUGUGCGUCUCGCUGGUUCAGGGUAACCGCGAUGAGAACCAGGGUGUGGAUGAGGCUGCUGCCGUUGCCGAUGCCCAGGCGUUGCUCGACGCCGGCGAGGGUCAGUGGGGCACCGAUGAGUCCGUGUUCAACUCGAUUCUGAUCACACGCUCGUACCAGCAGCUGCGCCAGAUUUUCCUCGAAUACGAGAACAUGGCCGGCAAUGACAUCGAGAAGGCGAUCAAGCGUGAGUUCAGCGGAUCCGUCGAGAAGGGUUUCCUAGCCAUCGUCAAGUGCUGCAAGUCCAAGAUCGAUUACUUCUCCGAGCGUCUGCACGAUUCCAUGGCCGGUCUGGGCACCAAGGACAAGACGCUGAUCCGCAUCAUUGUCAGCCGCUCAGAGAUCGAUUUGGGCGAUAUCAAAGAAGCAUUCCAGAACAAAUAUGGCAAGAGCUUGGAAUCUUGGAUCAAGGGCGAUACAUCUGGCGAUUAUAAGCGUGCCCUAUUGGCUAUUGUUGGAUUCUAAAAGAACUCACUUAUCCUCCAACAAUAAAUUGUCACUGUUGUGUCUGUUCCAUGCCUUAAAAUAUUUUUAAAUGAUAAACACAAAUUGUACAAAAGUUCGACUAUCGAAUAGUUAAAGUAUAUACAAGAAUAUUUUAUUAUAUACACAAUAUCUAUUGUACAAAUGCAAAAGUGAAACAUUUUCUAAGAAGCAACGAAAUGCAUUUAAGGCCUUCAAAUUAGCAGUCGCAUCACAUGUUAAUUAUACAUAAUUAAGCACACUCAUUGCACCUAGUUUUAUCUCAAUUUUAACUACAACAAUAUAUAUAUGUCUUGCUAUAUUUGUAGCUUAUGAUUUUUGUUUAUUU